AGGAGGAGAGUGGGAGUACGCGCGAGGAUUUACGCCGCGCUACCCUGACGUACUGUAACCCCGAUUCAUAACAAACCCAUUGGAUUAUUGACUCUUCAUCGGCUGUAGCCUAUCGCUCGGAGGUCCACCAAGCCAAACGCCAUAGCAGUGCGAGUGAAGUGAACAUAGAGAGUGUAAGAGAAGUGAUAUUUAAAUGUCUGCCUGGAUCUCCCGCUGUACACAAUACCUGUGUGUGUAGCGUGGAGCGACUUUUCGAGAGAGAGGGAGAGAGAGAGAGAACCCGAAACGGAAGUCGUAAUAAGCUGAUUAAAAAUUUCUCUUUCUCAAAAAUUUAGUGGAGGAUAUCCCGCUCCUCACAUGCGUUGAGGGAAAACUGCGUGCAACGUUUGCAAGGAUAUGAUGUGCAAAGCAAGUGCGAUGUCCCUGGCUUCAAAAUAUUGAUUACACGGGAUAUAUUGGGAGAAGCUUUAUCUAGGCUGCCUUUGAAUAAUUGUCAAGGAAUGCCAAGCAGGCGAUCGAAAGUGACCUGACAUUUGCCGUGCAUAGCAUUGGGGUGAUCCCAGCAGUGUCCAGGUGUUGUGAAUACAUUGAAGGCACAAGGCGUUGUUUUGAUGCGAGAGUCUCUUUUAUUCUCAUGUGAUUUUUCCUGAAGAGUGAUUGUGAAAAGUGUGAUGGGAAAGGAAAGUUGCAUUAACCGUGGUUUGCAGUGAUUGUGAAUUUAGUCGUGUAUGUGUGUUUAUGUAUUUGUGUACGCGUCGCGUUGGCCAGCGGAAACAUACGCACGACCAAAACAACGCAGUGUCCUCCGUGGCCUAGAAUCGCCCAUAGGCCUAAGAAAAAAUAUAUACUUGAAACGCGUGCGUGCCUGUUGUGCGUAAGUCGCCCUAGGAGGCCUGACUAAAAAAGUGAAUUACCAUAUUUUCGUCGCUUUGUACUACGGAUUACUACGUGUCUUGUUUGGUCCCGCUCCGACUUUCUCGCUUCGACGUCGAGAAUAGAAGGGAGAAGAGAGCCGCCUGACACUGGCACGGGAAGCCUGUUUCGGGAAGGCACUGUAAUAUACAGGGAAUUGUAUGGUGUGGAAAUAAUUGAGUUUGCCAUCUGUGCUGUGUGGUGAUGUAUGUGGUCAGCAGUAUUCGCGAUUUCUGAAAAGGGAUAGAUCGGCCGCGGCCCCCGAGCGAGUGUGCGAGUGUAAACUUGAGUCGCUGGAAUAUUUUCCCGGGAGGAUGCAUCGCCUUUGGCUCAAACGUUGGCUCCCGAGGCCGACCCCCUCAGAGUGACAGACCGAGAGUCGAGGCAGGACCUGCGGGUGCCUGCUGCUGCUGCCACCGCCACUGCAUCUGACGCCGCCGCCAGUGCCACUUCGUCCUCCUGCAAGAGAGCGUCCGUGGGGGUCCUUGCAGGGGAGCAGGACCUCCCCCCACGCAACAUGCCGAGCCUCGACGCCGCCACUGGAGGGAUGGAGAACACCGUGAAUAAAUAUCUGACUCCAGAGGAGCAACAGCUCCUCUUGGAUAUAAGAAGAAAGAAAGCGCAGCUAUUACAAGAAAUACAGACUCUCAAAGAUGAGAUGGCCGAGGUCACAGCGGAGAUGGAGGCGCUGGAUACGGGGGAAGACAGUAAGAGCAAUCCGAAGAGUAAACAGAUGAGCAUCGGGCGCAAGAAGUUCAACAUGGACCCCAAGAAGGGAAUAGAAUACCUUAUAGACCAUGGCCUCCUUAAGAACACGCCCGAAGACAUCGCCCAGUUCCUGCACAAGGGCGAGGGGCUCAACAAGACGGCCAUUGGCGACUACCUCGGCGAGCGCAACGACUUCAACCAGUCGGUGCUCGACGCCUUCGUCUGCCUGCACGACUUCACAGAUCUCAUCCUGGUGCAGGCGCUGAGACAAUUCCUGUGGAGCUUCCGCCUGCCGGGGGAGGCGCAGAAGAUCGACCGCAUGAUGGAGAGGUUCGCCCACCGCUACUGCGAGCUCAACCCGGCCAUCUUCAAGAACCCCGACACGUGCUUCGUGCUGUCGUUCGCCAUCAUCAUGCUGAACACGUCGCUGCACAACCCGGCCGUCAAGGACAAGCAGACCAUCGAGCAGUUCAUCGCCAUGAACCGCGGCAUCGAUAACGGGGACGACCUGCCCAGAGAACUGCUCGAGAGUCUGUACGAAAGCAUUAAAACGGAGCCCUUCAAGAUCCCCGAGGACGACGGCAACGACCUCAUGCACACGUUCUUCAACCCGGACCGCGAGGGCUGGCUCAUGAAGCAGGGCGGCCGCUACAAGUCGUGGAAGCGGAGAUGGUUCAUCCUCAACGACAACUGCCUCUAUUACUUCGAGUACACGACAGACAAAGAGCCCAGAGGAAUCAUUCCUUUGGAGAACAUUGAGGUUCGGGAAGUACAAGACCGCAACAAGCCAAACUGCUUCGAGUUAUAUGCCACCUCGACCGAUUUCAUCAAAGCUUGCAAGACUGACAGUGAAGGGAAGGUUGUGGAAGGCAAGCACACCGUUUACAGGAUGUCAGCUGCCACCCCAGAGGAGAAGGAGGAGUGGAUCAAGUGCAUCAGACAAAGUAUCAGUCAUAACCCCUUCUAUGACAUGCUAGCCAAGAGAAAGAAGAAUAUUCAGAAGAACAGCAGUCGGUAAUCAUACCCGUGAAGAAGUUCGCUAAUGUUUACUACAAUAGGCUGAACAUUUUAACCCACCUGAACAAUGAGAGGCUGUGCACAAUAUUCGCUAUGGGACAUAUUUCAAGUUUUUGCCUGCAUUCUAGUGAAAAAUGCACAAGCGAGAGAGCCUGUUUCAAGUGCUUGCAUGUGAAAGAAAAUAUUAUACAGACCUAUCACAAGUGAAAUGAUGUUUUGAGUGCUCAGAGACACCGUCAGAAUGUAUACUUGCUUGCUUGCAUUAAACGUGAAAAGUGUGGGUAAAAAGUACAGUACGCUUUAGCAGUUGCCUCUUUAACAAAGUGUUAAAAACUUUGCAGACAUGUGCGGCAACUUAAAAGAAACUACAAAGAGGUCAUUUUAUACAGGUCUCUGCUGGACAGUGUGAUCAUUGUCAUAAAAUAUAUCUUAUUCCCUGUACAACCUUGUGUCCAGUCAUGAUGUCUGCAUGAACAGAAUUUAGAUUAAUUUCUAAUUGUAAAUAUGUUUGUGAAUAGUGAAAAAUUAAAUUUUAUGAGACAUCAAGGUACUGUUAACCAGUAUCAGUCAUUGAUGCCAAGUGUUUACAAAGGUAUUGUGUAAUAGUGUAAAUAUUUGUAUGUAUUUGGCUUACUUAAUUAUGUAUGUGAGGUCAAGAUAUGAAAUCUUUAGCCUUACAAUAGAGUACCAUGAUUGAAUGGAAGGCAUGUAAAAGUCAGUUUGUACCAAAUUGUGUGUUCGUAAACAUUAGAUAAAGGUUCGUAAAUGGAAUGUUAAGAGAGUGGAGGCUUGUGUGAGUGUCCAGAGUAGGUGCCGGAUGUGGCUGUAUAAUAAAGGUACUUCCAGACACCUGCAGACAUUGGUGUGUUCUGAAUUAUAUAUAUAAAAUUGCUUGGUAAAUAUAAAGUGUACCCCAGUCUGGAGGAUUUGUUUGUUUAUAAGUGAGUCUGUGAUUUACCUUUUCAUGCUGUGAGAGAGAGAGAGAGAGAGAGAGAGAGAGAGAGAGAGAGAGAGAGAGAGAGAGAGAGAGAGAGAGAGAGAGAGAGAGAGAGAGAGAGAGAGAGAGAA